UGUCAAUCAACGAGGGAGGGAGCGCACCGGCGCCGGGUGAUGUCAGCGGAUCAGCUGCUCCAUAACAAAGAGGGGGUAUCACAGGAGAAAGUUGCAGCGGCGGCUGCACCCCGGAGCCUCGGGGACCGGGGACGAAGGGAGGAGGGACGGCGGCUGCGGCAGCCGCGGCAGGCCGAGGAAUUGAAAGGACUGUAGGGGGAGGCAGCGCGAGCCGCCCCGACUGCUCCUCCUCUUCCUCCCCCUCCUCCUCCUCCAAACUCGCAGGGCUUAGCCCCAGCGCUCGCUCAGCCGCCGCGAGCACCGGGAGGGACGGGAACCGGCCGCACGGCCCGGUGCUGGGCAGGGUCGCAGCCGCCAUGGAUAGCGACGACGAGAUGGUGGAGGAAGCCGUGGAAGGGCACCUGGACGAUGAUGGAUUACCACAUGGAUUCUGUACCGUCACCUACUCCUCCACAGACAGAUUUGAGGGCAACUUUGUGCAUGGAGAAAAGAAUGGACGCGGGAAGUUCUUCUUCUUUGACGGCAGCACCCUGGAGGGAUUUUAUGUGGACGAUGCCCUGCAGGGCCAGGGUGUUUACACCUAUGAGGAUGGAGGUGUCCUCCAAGGCACAUAUGUGGACGGUGAGCUGAACGGACCAGCCCAGGAGUAUGACACUGACGGGAGGCUGAUCUUCAAGGGCCAGUACAAAGACAACAUUCGACAUGGAGUGUGUUGGAUCCAUUACCCAGACGGAGGUAGCCUCGUCGGGGAAGUCAAUGAAGACGGAGAGAUGACUGGAGAGAAGAUAGCCUAUGUCUACCCUGACCAGAGGACCGCGCUCUAUGGCAAGUUCAUUGAUGGAGAGAUGAUUGAAGGGAAACUGGCCAUCCUCACGGCCACCGAGGAAGGGGGGCCACACUUUGAAUUGACGUCUGGAAGUUCCGUGUACCACUUUGAUAAAUCGACUUCCUCCUGCAUCUCUAGUGAUGCCCUCCUUCCAGACCCUUAUGAGUCCGAGAGAGUCUAUGUUGCCGACUCUCUCAUCUCCAGUGCCGGAGAAGGACUAUUUUCCAAGGUAGCAGUAGGACCCAAUACUGUUAUGUCUUUUUAUAAUGGAGUCCGGAUUACACACCAAGAGGUUGACAGCAGGGAUUGGGCCCUAAACGGGAACACUCUGUCCCUUGAUGAGGAAACAGUCAUUGAUGUGCCUGAGCCCUACAACUGUGUAUCCAAGUACUGUGCCUCCCUGGGACACAAGGCAAAUCACUCCUUCACUCCAAACUGCAUCUAUGACAUGUUUGUCCACCCUCGUUUUGGGCCCAUCAAGUGCAUCCGCACCCUGCGAGCUGUGGAAGCUGAGGAAGAGCUGACCGUGGCCUAUGGCUAUGACCACAGCCCCCCAGGGAAGAGCGGGCCCGAAGCCCCUGAGUGGUACCAGGUGGAGCUGAAGGCCUUCCAGGCCACCCAGCAAAAGUGAAAGACCUGGCCCUGGGGUCCAGAGACCUGGAAUAGAAACUUGGAUCUAUGCACUACAUUUAUCUGACAACGGGACAACCAGGGACUGUUCAUGCUGUGACAUCACAUCCUCUCACCCUGCGUUAGCAACGACUUUCUCGCAUACUAACUAGGUUUGACUGUAUUACUCAUACCAGAUUUAAAAUUAGCUAGCCUUGCAGUAACGCCCUACUGAGAGGUACUGUCGAACUGUAGACAGCAUGAUGUUCUUUGAUGGUUGAAGUCUAAAUCUGGACCACGUUCAGAGAUACCAAAUGAUUGGGUUGAAAAAGGGAACUGGGAUUCUUCAGUCAUUUUUCCGUCAGUGGUUUUUUUCCAUGAUGUUUUUUCUAUGGCCAUUGCAAAUGGUGUUCGAUCAUCCUUGCAUGUUGCCAUCUGCGGGGCAGGAAGCGAUUUCAUCUUUAUAUAAAUGUAGGGUCAUUUAUUUGCCUUUUAACCUUUGAUCUGUAUCUUGCAAUAGAAUGGCUUUGUUUCUGUUGUUACUCUCCUAGUGAACCGAAGCCCAGUCUUCUGAGUCUUUUCUCUAGCCUCACUUCUUAUCUUAGCUAUCCUUUACAAGAGAAAGCUUCCAAAUGGAUUUUGCAUUCAUAGCGGUGUCCAGGUCUCUCUGGUUCUUUCUCUAUCAUUUCAUUCUUAUGUCCUGAUAUAAAGUACUGGCUCAUAGGGCCAGACUGUUACUAUAGACUUAUUAUUCUCGCAUGUAAACAAAGAUACCUUUGCUUUCAGAUGUGAGAAGAAAUGAAUUUGCUCUGUUUGCAUUAAGUUACCAGAGAGUUGUAAGAUACACUUUCAGGAAGAAGAGAGGAACAUUAGUAUUUCUAAGCAGUCAUUGUGGCAAUUUUGCAGUAUAUUCAGUAGUGCUGGCAAUUUUUUCUCCUCGGGUACACACUAAUUGUACAUAACCUAGUGCAGUCUGGCUUGUGACACAGCUCACUGAAUUCGAAAUACAAUAGCCGACCUGCAUUCCAACCCAGAAUGCAGAGUUCCCUUUGAAACCAGUGCCGAGGAGACAGACAUGCUGAUCACUAGGUGCAAGUCAGAUCUGUAGCUAAAGCUUCUCACCACAGUGGUCUCCGAGCACUUAACUGCUUCCACGCUCUGCGAGCCCAGAGUUCACACCUGUGCACUUUCUAUCACUAGCAUAUUGCCACCUCACACAAGCCAUAUGUAAUCACAACUGCAGAAAUACAGAGGAAAACCCAUUGUUUUAGUUUAGCACAUUAGAUCUGUAACAUAACUGGAUUGCUCUGAAUGAAUGCUGAGUUUGGGGGGCCCCUCCCCCAAGGCGUCACUCCGUCACAAGGAAACCUGGGAACCACAGCUGCUGAAGUCUGCACUGUCAACA